AUGAUCCAGAACCUCGAUAAAACCAUUGGGGAUCCCUUUUGCAUGACGAGCAACCCGCAUCAAAGCCUGCACAACUGCUGCUCCCUGCUCCAAAUCCUCGAGGAGGAAUUCGAUGGGUAUCCCGGUGCUCAUCUUGCCAGACUCUACUACGAUGCCUUUCAGAUUUGCAGCUCGUAUGAGGAUGAAGCGCGGGCGGGUAUAUUUCAAGUUGCGGAAAGAGCGUAUCAGGCCAGAGUUAUUUGUGAAGGUAAGGAUAGCCCGGAGACACAGGGAGUGAAGUCUCUUGCAUCGGAGCCAACAGAUCCUGCUGGCUUCGGAAUGAGUUAA